UCGAGUGGCGAAUGCGUGAUACUCGAACGCGAUGGCGGUGAGCGGCGAGCAGAAUUCGCCGCGAGUUCAACCGAUUCACCGUCUUCCGCACCAAAAGAUUUUAAAAUUUAUCACGAAAACAUGAUCGGGUAACUUGGAAAGAACGGGUAAGGAGGAAGCUCACUCUCGAAGCACCAACACUCGAUGACGUCAUUCCACCAGCGGCAACAUGGAGCCCGAAACGCGAUAGGACGCGGGUUCGAGACUCGAGAAGCUCGAGCGAGGUCGCGCACGUUCCAAGCUGUCUCUCGAAUUAACCUCGAAUCGUUGCGUCGAUCGCGUAAUCGCCGCCGCGACGCGAACCGCUCGAUCGCGACCUACGACCAACCACGAUCGUUUCCUCGAUUCUUCGUUCUCGUUCGUCCUCCUCGUUCGACGUUUCCUACUCUCGAAACUCUGCGAGCCACCGUCCGCGACUACGGUUCCUUUUACGUUCCCUUUUACACGUGAUUUCCGAGAGAACGCUAACAGAGGGCGGUCGCACGCGCGUGCUCCGCGACUGCGAUUCCUUCACUGCGGCUAACCACCAGAGAUUCGUGAUCGAAGCUGCGCGUCGCGAUACUCGCUCCGUUUCUCGUCCAGGGGACCAAGGGACGUAGUAGUCCGAGCCGAACAGACCCGACGCCAGUCGUGCCGAUUCGUGGCCUGUCGCGAGAAUUCGUGAGGAGUCGUGCCGUCUCGGCUACUCUCGACGAUGCCACCCGUCACCCACCGUUCUCCUUUAUUCCUAACCUCGCUUUUGCGCUAAACGCUCUACGUUCCUGCUUCUUUCCUUCCUCUCGCGUUCGACGUUUCCUUCCCGUUAAGUUUGCGCACGGCGGCCGAUCUUUUCGAUACCGUUCGGACUCGCGCGCUCCCUCGCCGACCUCCUUUUCCUUCGUUACCUUCGAGCCGACUAAACCGGACCGAUCGACUCGUUGUUCCGUUCGCCCACUUUACUCGCCCUUCCACCGCGCGAGACGCGAUCGCGCCACAACCGAAAUAAUCGCUUCGUCGACCGAUCUACCCGUCGCCGCGCCACUCUUUGCGUCAUUUCGACGGGUCGUUCCGCUUUUCCGUGACGCGACGGCACGGUUAAUUCGCGUUUUCGACCGCGAACUCGUCGACCAGAGAAACGAAAAUGCCGCCGGCUACCUACGUGUCUCGAAUCAAUCAGAUCGACGCGGCUCAAUUGGACGAGGAAAUUUAUAAAGUGUUGCGGAACCAAGCGAAAGAGAUUACCAAGUAUCAACCGAUCGAAAAGAUCGAUCGAUGGCAACCAGAGAUCGACGCUCUUCUCCGCUAUCUGGUAUGGUACUUUUCGUUGCGACGAGGAAAUUCGACCUUUGGCCAGCAACUGCUCGAUUUGCGUUACGAGAACAUCACCGGUACAAAGUCCGUUCUCUACUUGAUUUCGACGAUCGUCCCGGCGUACGCGCGAGAUAAGCUCGCCAACACCGACGUCGAUCGAAAUUUCAAGACCGCGUUCGAUCGUAUCGCGAACGUCGCGAGAUUGCUCGAGUUGAUCAACUUGCUGGUGUUUCUGCAUCGUGGAACGCAACCUCGCCUCGUCGAGUAUCUGUUGGGGAUAGCAAACAGUUCGUCGACCGUUCACAAGCCCAGGAGCAUCGGAUACUCGUACAUGACGAGGGAACUGCUCUGGCACGGUUUAACGGAAUUGUUCACCACCGGCUUACCCAUGCUCAAUUUCCAUUACCUGAAGCACACGGCGAAGAAGCUCUUCGCGGGUACGAGCAAUCGCGCCAACCUACGACGUUCUUUCCCGGCGAUGAACCGAUCGACCAAGUGCUCUUAUUGCGGCGACGCUCCGAUCUUGCCGGUUCACGCCGGCUGCGAACAUCUCUUUUGCUACUAUUGUCUGAAGGCCCAUUUCGUCGCGACGCGCGACUUUCAGUGUCCCGAAUGCGACACCAGACUCUACGUACAAGACAUGAAAACGUACCGAUCGAGUUUUCCGAGUUUGCCCGCCGAACCGGAAACCAGUUGAACCGAAUUAGACUUUGUUCGGCCGUCUUCUUUCUUUCGUUUUCAUCGUUUCUCGAUUAUUAUUCGACCACGUUUAAACUGUUCCGCGCGACGAUUAACGCGAAUCUACCUUCGUGUCCUCGUCUUCUCUGUACAACAUUUUGCGCCUGUGUAUUCAGUUUUGUUUUAUUAAAAAAUAGCAAUACAAAAAUUUUCUUUAUUCACUUUGAUACAAGGUUUCGAUCUUAUUUCUUUACUCGGCGUUUCCUUCGACACGAACGACGAUGGAACGAUUACGAGAUACGUGCGUCGUUCGUCGAAAUACCCAACGAUUACCGUAUAAAAAUAUUAUUCCGCAUCGUAGUAAAACGCUUUCCCUUUCGUGCAUUCGACGCGAUACGCGCUUCUUUUUUACUUUUUCACCUUUUUAAAUACAGUAUUAUCCUAUAUACAGAUCGGUCGAAUGAUCCAUUCGUCGAGUCGUUUCGCUUGCUCGAUGGGCGGAUACGUCCUUUCGAUCGUCUUACGACGAAUUCGAACGCGCGCUAUAAACGCGUAUAGCCAUUCUGGAAUGUUUUCGUUUCAUCUCGUUCUUGUCCUUUUUAUUAUUUCUUUCAGCUUUACGGAAACGAUCGCCUCGUUGUUCCGAAAACGUACUUUACGCGCCGUUCGAUACGAUUAGCCGAGACGCACGAUAUUUCGACGAUCUCGCGGACACCGAACAAAAUCGUAUCGAAUUCUCUUCCCGUCUUUUCUUCUUUGCGUGUUUAUUUUUCGGCAAGUACGGUCAACGCGGCUCGUCGUUCGGAAACGUAUCGAAUACGUCGAUUCGAAACUGGGACGCGACUUUCGCGAAGGAAACAGAUUCGUCGAGAACGCGUUACCGUCGGUAUCGUUUCAACGAUCGUUAUUUAUCGUUAUUCUUUUACUCCGUCCAUGAGAGCAUACUCGAGAGAAGCACGUUCGGUCAGUCGAGCUAUUUCAACGGAUAGUUGCUGCAUCCUCGUUCUUCCCAAAUUUCUCUCUUCCUCCGUGUCGGUCGAGUCGCGAUUUUCCCUUCGUUCUGUUCUACGAACAGAAAAAACCUGAUCGGCGACAAAGAGGAAGAGAGAGAAACAAGUUGGCAGAAAAAGCGCGAUACGCAACGCGUCGGGAAAAACACGGAACGAACGGUCCUGAUGCUUUCGGAUCGUACCGUAAUCGUGACGGUUGAAGCGCUAGGCAUCGAAAAUUUCGUUGUCGCGUCCUAGUCUCUUUUAUCGUUUAAUUCUAAUCUCUGUAACAACUAGUUGAUUCGCAACGUCGCGCGAAAUACCGGCUGAAAUUUCGCGCAAUUUUGCGGAUAGGAACAUCGAAGAACAGCACGACGCGUCGAUUCGAAAAAUCGAGUUCCGUACGAUCGUGCGAGAACUCGCGUCGAAAGAAAUUUUGCGCCCAUCGAUCAAGCUUCGUCUCGCGAAUAACGAAUCAGCGACGCUUUUGCGACGUUGCAUCGCGAAAACGAAAAACGAGAAAACGAGAACGAUAAUGUUCCUUACGAAGGUAACGACAAAGUGGAAAACGCGUUCGCGGUCCGAUCGGUGGGACGAUCGAACAACGAAUCGUUCGAAGCUAGUUAAUUAGUCCUUUCGUUUAUUCGAAGAAACGAUUAUAUCGGUUAACCGUGAAACACGAACACGAGGAACAGGGACGAUCGGACACAGUCUUGUAAUAUAUCCCACGUAUACUCACGCGCGCACACAUACAUAUACAAUAAUAGGUACACACAAGCGGAUAACGCGACACGUAGAACCACCUUUUUUUCUUUUCCCAACAUUCUAAUAUAACGAUCGUUAUCGAGCACGGGGCGAUCGCGCGGUACCGAACGAAAAUAAUAUACGCUCGAAAAGGCUCGAUAAAUUUCUAUCGGAACUUUUAGCGGUUAAAUUCUCGGCAUCGUCGACCGAGACGGUGUUACGAUAUCCUACCGUGGACCCAUGUUCGAUCACCCUACGUCGAACGCUUCCGUUUCGGUCGUGCUCGCGAGAGAAAGAAAAAAAAUUGGUUUAAAACGUUAAUAAUUUAUAUCGAGCGAUUACCUUACCACCGUAAAACCGUUAACGCGUAAACGGACCAAGAAAACUCGUGCAUGCAGCUUGAUCCGACAAAAGUAUCUCUCGGCUCAACGAUUCCCCGCGUGAUCGUAUCGAGUGCUCGGAUUCGAAAGAAACAAAAAAAAAAGUGAGGGGAAAGAAAAAGAAAACGUAAGAAAAUCACGAUGCACCCGAAAUAUCGAUCAACUGUCUGGCGUAAACGCGCUCUAAACCAACCGCGCGAGUUGAGCUCGAAUCGCGCUUUCGAAGCAGCAAACUCGAACAUUCGACGCGCGUUCGGCGUCCCUCGCGAAUCAAUAAUAAAUACUUUGUUAUUUUGUAAAACUCGAAAACGGAGCCGCGAACACUCGCAAGCCGACUCGCUGUUCGAUUCUGCCGCGCUUUCUACUCUUCUCCUUUUCCUUUCUUCUCUUCGCGUCUCACCGAAUUUCGAGCUUAGUCGAGAUAAAUAUUUGAACUUCGCUAAGGCGAAAGGCCGCCGAUCGCGCGGACGCGUUUGUCGCGUUUUCGUUGCAACGAUCGAAUCGUUGUCCAUUCAUCGAUUUCUUCUACAUAUACGCCGUUCGCGAUUCACCAAGUGCUCGCCGUUACGUAAACGCGCGCGAAGCGACGAAGGAAGUCAUCGAACCGCCGAGUAUCAUGCGACGGAUUGAAAGACAAUUUAGCAACGCAAGAAAACGUUAACGAAACUAAAUUAGCAAUAACGAGUUCCUUAACCUAAGGCACCUACCGGCUGCGCGAAUCGAGGACUGUGGAAUGAAGAAAAAAAAUUAAAAAAAAAAAAAAAAAA